AUGCCCACCAUCCUCACACCACAAGGAUGGGUCAAAGUCGCACCUCCUCCACCUCGCAAGAAACAACCGGUCUCCAACCCCAGGGCUGCCCUUCGAGGGCCCCUGGCAUAUUUGGCCUGUCAAGCACAGGCACCGACCCUCAAUGUCAAGGGCGGGAACGUCAGCAAGGGAGCGAAGGCCCCCUUCCCGUACGAUCUGAGCGCCAGUCCCGAGGCGUUGAAGCGACAGAGCCAGGCGAGCAGGACCGUCUCAGCACCAGUGAUGCACGGUGCUCUCAGGCCCGGUGAAGACGAGAUCGACACCGAGAUCAGGAACGUCAGUCCAUCACCGGAGUCGAAGCCAAAGUCGAAAUCCAGGAAUUCUCGGCACCACCACCACCACAACGAUGACGAUGGCCAAUCAGUAGUCAGUUCGGGGUCCAAUUUAAGCUCGACGUCGGGUUCCAGUUCCAGUUCGAAAUCGAGCGCCAGUUCCAGGUCCAGUGCCCCGUCGGUCAAGUCGUAUACGCGACAUCGGCCUGUGGAGGUACGGCCUCCACCACAUGCAGAGUCACAGCCACCAGCAGGUCCGAGAGAUUACUUCUAUCCUGCGGCGCCGAGAUACGAGCACCAGCACCACUUUGCACAUCCACCGGCACCGCAGGUCGUGCAUGUCCCGAUACCGAUGGGGACGGGGGUGUCGAACGGGCGGAGUCUGUCGUAUAGUUGGUAUAAUGCUACGACACCGCUGAAUAUCAAAUGA